AGAUAUAGUACGCGCGAGGAGAACAUGAAGCACUCCAUGGUUAGGGUUAGGGAAGGGGUUAUUAGGUUACAUAGGGUAUCGGAAUCGCUUGAAGGUGAGAAUCUCCAGAGAUAUAAACGGGAGCAGCCGGUGAUCGAUAGUGAAGGGCAACUAUUCGGGAAAGUAGCGACUGAAGAAGUUUUGGAGCCUUGCAACUGACCAGUUCCAUGAUUCAGCAAAAUACAUCAUUUAAGGUGUUGACAUUGGCAGGCUCGUUAUGAAAUUUUGUUGCAAUCCAGGCCAAUUCCCAUGAUUUUACGCUCAAAACACAACAGUCAAAAUGCAAAUCAACCCAUGUUAUUCAUCCUCUGUAUGGCAUCCGUAAUAAGAUCACUAGUAUAUUUGUCGGCGAGUUCAAUCCACCAUUUAUGAUGUAGUGAUCGAACGUUCGGAUCAUAAGAGGGGUUGAGCUGCGUAAUUGCAUUCCAAUAGGUACCAAGGUCCUGCCAUGGCA